AUGGCGGAUAUCUCAGCCUCAUCGGAGAUAGUCACAGACGAUGAAUCCACACCUUCCUUGCGAAUGCUCCUCGACACCAGCGAGCAAGAAGCAGCUCAGAUUCUCCUCGAGUAUGGUCAAUUCAGCGAUCUGACCAUCACUUGUCAAGGAACGACCUUCAAAGUCCACAAAUUCGUCCUAGUAACUAAAGGCGGCGACUUCUUCAAGCACGCAAUCUGCAGUGGUUUCCGCGAAAGCCAAUCCUCAGUCAUCGAUCUUCCUGAAGAUGAACCCGAGAUCAUCACGCGACUUCUCUCGCAUCUGUACACCGGCUCCUACGCCGAACAUCUGCUCAAGGAGGCCUCUGGAGGGGAUGACGACGCACGCGUCGAUGCGGAUGCUAUCCUUCUUCAUGUCAAGAUGUUUGCUGUCGCAGUCAAGUACGGCAUCAAGUCCCCGAGAGACGCAGCUCGUAAAGCUUUUGUCGCAAACUUCACGGCCAGAGAAACCGACAUGAGUAAUGUGCUUCCACUGGUCAUCAAAGCUGUCUACAGCACGACUGCGCCGGACGAGAGGGAGCUUCGAGACUUGUGCACGUACGAUCUACUUUUCGAGCAAGCUCUCUGUACUCCCAAUCGCAACGACUCUUCUGCUAAUGCUAUGCUUGAGGUCUUGUCUGCCGUUCCGGAGCUGGCUGUUGAUGCUUGUGUCUUCUGGCUUGACAGCUUCAACGAUGACACCCACACUUUCUACUGCGCCGAGUGUGAGAAAUCUGUGGAUUGGAUCGCUAGACCUUGUGCAUGCAAGAAAUGGAAGGUUAUCUGCGGCGAGGACGAAUGUGAUCAAGCCAGGAAGGCCGCAAGCAUAUGCCCCGAGUGUGGUGCGAAAGGCUCACUUGAGCGAGCGGAUUAA